AUGGACAUAAAUGAGGAUAUGAUCAAAGAAGAGGUCAGUAGCUUCGUACACAGCCUCCAAAAACUACUGCCAAAGAAGAAAGAGAUUAUUGUCAUUGAGAAACAAAAACCCAAACUGAUCAGACUGAGUGACGUUCACGCAGAAGCCAAGAGUGUUUUCCCAGCAUGCUUCACCGGUGCCAAGCUCGUCGUGCUCAGAGAAGUGAUGGACAAAGUGAAAUUGGUCCAGCAAUACAACUUCGGCAAAGCUAAGGACUCGUACAAGUGCUUCACCCAUGUGAUUCAUAAGGAAUUGGAGCCAAAGAGCUCCAAUGAAGGCUUACUGGUGGAUUCUGCUGGUUCAGCAACCGCAACGUACAGCGAGAUCCUCGAUGGAACGUACCAAAUGCGGCUGACGUCCAAAAUCAAGGACUUGGUCUCGUCUGAAACUGAGAUGGUAAUCGAGAAGGAACAGGAGAAAUCAGUGGGGUCUCUGUCGUGCUGCGUGAAAGAUGUUGACCCGAACACGUUGAAACUAGUGACCCAGUGGACUUACAAAAUCAUUCCCGAAUUCAGCCUGGGGACGGAGGUCAGUUGUAGGCCUCUAUCGAGUCCCACUUCGCCCGAUCUGUCUAUCAGCGCGAGGUACGAGAAGCCAUCAUUCACGUUAUCUUCAACGAUCAGCAGGUCCGGUUUCCAGGCUUGCCUAUUCAAGCAGUUCUCGCCGGACCUGCGAAUAGCGACGAUAGUGAACGAACGAACUCAAGGUCACACCGCUAUUGGUGUGGCCCUUCACAAGAAGUACCAGAACGGUUCAGAGUUGAAAAUUUUUGUUGAUUCACAACACUGCGGCGGGUUUACUUUCCAAAAGGACGUGUUGUUCCACGAGCCGCACAACGAGGUGAGGGUCUUGAGACUGAUCGGGAGCACUUUGAUAGACAGACAAAGGCGAGUAAGAUUCGGAUUCGGAUUCAACCUUGACUUCUGA